AUGGCUACGGCGCUGUUGCCGGGCACCGGGAUGACGCUAUCUGGGGCGUGGCAGCAGGUCCGUGGCCCGGUGAUCGUGCCGCUGCUGCGCGCGUCCGUGCUGCUCUGCGUCGCCAUGUCCGCGAUGCUGUUCGCGGAGAAGGUGUACAUGGCGGUGGUCGUCCUCGCGCUGCGGCUGCUCGGCCGCCGCCCCGAGCGGCAGUACCGGUGGGAGCCCAUGCGCGACGGCGAGGAUCCCGAGCUCGGCAGCGCCGCCUACCCCAUGGUCCUUGUCCAGAUUCCCAUGUACAACGAGCGCGAGGUGUACCGGCUGUCGAUCGGGGCGGCGUGCGGGCUCUCCUGGCCGUCCGAUCGGAUCAUCGUCCAGGUGCUCGAUGACUCCACAGACCCUGUCGUCAAGGAGUUGGUGCAGGUGGAGUGCCAGCGCUGGGCGAGGAAGGGCGUGAACAUCAAGUAUGAGACCCGGAACAACCGGUGCGGGUACAAGGCCGGCGCGCUCAAGGAAGGCAUGAAGCACGGCUACGUCAAAGACUGCGACUUGGUGGCCAUCUUCGACGCUGACUUCCAGCCGGAGCCCGACUUCCUGUCGCGCUCCGUCCCCUUCCUCGUCCACAACCCCGAUAUCGCCCUCGUGCAAGCCCGUUGGAAAUUCGUGAAUGCAGAUGAAUGCUUGAUGACAAGAAUGCAGGAGAUGUCCUUGGACUACCACUUCAAGGUGGAGCAAGAAGUGGGCUCCUCGACCUAUGCCUUUUUUGGAUUCAAUGGAACCGCUGGUGUGUGGCGCAUAUCUGCUCUGAAUGAGGCAGGUGGUUGGAAGGACCGAACCACAGUUGAAGACAUGGACCUGGCUGUCCGAGCAAGUCUCAAGGGAUGGAAAUUUGUGUACCUUGGUGAUCUCAAGGUAAAAAAUGAGCUCCCUAGUACGUUCAAAGCAUUUCGGUACCAGCAACAUAGAUGGUCGUGCGGGCCGGCAAAUCUGUUCAGGAAAAUGGUGAUGGAGAUCAUCACAAAUAAGAAAGUGACACUUUGGAAGAAAAUCCAUGUGGUCUACAACUUCUUCUUUCUGCGCAAGGUUGUCGCACACAUUGUGACCUUUGUGUUCUACUGCCUUGUUAUCCCGGCCACGAUCUUAGUUCCCGAGGUUGAGGUACCAAAGUGGGGUUGCGUAUAUAUUCCAGCUAUUAUCACCCUUCUCAGUGUUGUUGGGACUCCAAGGUCUGUUCACUUAGUUAUCUUUUGGGCACUAUUUGAGAAUGUUAUGUCAUUGCAUAGAGCAAAGGCCACCUUCAUCGGUCUAUUGGAGGCACACACGGUGAAUGAAUGGGUGGUGACAGAAAAGCUUGGUGACACUGUGAAGACUAAAAUGCCAAGUAAAGCUUUGAAAAAGUUGAGGAUGGGGAUAGGAGAAAGGUUACAUCUUUGGGAGCUUGGUGUUGCAGCCUACCUCUUCAUUUGCGGAUGCUAUAGCAUUUCAUUUGGGAAUAACCAUUACUUCAUCUUUCUCCUUAUGCAAUCCAUCGCUUUCUUCAUCGUCGGUGUGGGCUAUGUUGGGACAUUCGUCACACAAUGA